CCCGAGAGCCUGAAUCUAGCUACAGUCCUGGGGAGGCUGGGGUGGGGAAUCAGAUUCCGAAGCACAAAGACGGGCGGGCCAGUGGGAACCACCGACGCUCCCCGGCCGCGGCCCCAACCAGUGCCGGGCCUGUGGCGAGAACAAACUUUCCUGCAGCGGAGGGGCGGGGGAGCCGGGCUGGAGGCUAGUCCCCCGAGCCGCCGCUCUCCUCCACCUGCCUGUGUUCAACCUGCGCCCAGCCUUCGCCCACCCCAGUUCCCUCCCCUCCCCCGCGCGCCUCUGUUCGCUUGGACUCAUCUCUCUCCUCUCCCCUCCUCCUUCUCCCUCUUGCCUUUCUCCCCCACUUUUCUCCUCUCUUUUUUCUCCUGUCUCUUCUUUUGUAUUCUCUCCCCCCUCGCCGCCUGGCUUGCUUCUCUCCUCCUCCGGGCCGCAGGGGAGGAGGUAAACGCGCUGCGCCCGGGGCCUGCGCGGCACAGAGGGAGGCGUUUCUCCUACUUCUCCCGGGUAAUUUGGAGAGGUUGUGUGUGUGUGUGUGUGUGUGUGUGUGUACGCGCGCGCGCGCGCGCGCGCGCGUGAGUUUAAGGCGAAAAGGGGUAGGAUCCAGCGCCAAACACAGAGGGUCAGGGUCUUUGACGUUCCUCACCAGCUGCACAAACCUCCCGGAACAAGUGUGAGCGUGGGUGAGAGUGCGCGCGCGCGCACGGGCUGGCUGCGCUUGGCACGCUUGGUGGCCCGGGGCCCCAGGGCCCGGGGGCCCGCCUGGCGGCCCGGGAUUACCGUGACGUCACAUUGAGCCUCUGGCCACCUUGGACUGGGACACCUCUGAAGCCUCACAGCCCGGCGCCGCGCCUCACCUUGCCUCGCCACCGCGCGACUUUGGGAACCCGCAUCCUCUCCCUUUCCUUGCCCAUCCAUGGGCCCUUCUGUCUUCCGGACCACGCGGGCCGGAGGGGCGCCUUCUGGAGCGCAGGGCUCGGCAGCCGGACUGCCCUCGGCUCUGCCUCCAGUCGUGCCAAGCGGGCGGAGGACCGGGCGCUGGGCACCAGCAGCCGUGUAAGGAACCGAGGCGGCGCACGGCUGGAGGCGCAGAAUCGCGGGGCUGAGGCGGGAACUCGCAAGGGAAGGAGGGCCAGGGACAGCUACCAUGUCCUUCCCGCACUUUGGACACCCUUACGGCAGCGCUUCCCAGUUUCUGGUGUCUGCAAGUUCCAGCGCCACUUGCUGCGAAUCCGCCCCGCGCUCGGUCCCAGACGUGGCCUCAGGCUCCACCCCGGCGGCCGCUCUCUGCUGCGCGCCCUACGACGGUCGGCUACUGGGCAGUGCGCGGCCCGAGCUGGGCGCGGCCUUGGGCAUCUACGGAGCCCCCUACGCGGCCGCCGCAGCUGCCCAGAGCUACCCAGGCUACCUGCCCUACAGCCCAGAGCCGCCCGCGCUGUACGGGGCGCUGAAUCCACAGUAUGAAUUUAAAGAGGCCGCAGGGAACUUUACACCUGGCCUGGCACAAGCAGGAGCCUAUUACCCCUAUGAGCCGACCCUGGGGCAGUACCAGUACGACCGGUAUGGAGCGGUGGAGUUGAGUGGCACUGGCCGCCGGAAGAACGCCACCCGGGAGACCACCAGCACGCUCAAGGCCUGGCUGAACGAGCACCGCAAGAACCCCUACCCCACCAAGGGCGAGAAGAUCAUGCUGGCCAUCAUCACCAAGAUGACCCUCACCCAGGUGUCCACCUGGUUCGCCAACGCGCGCCGGCGCCUCAAGAAGGAGAACAAGAUGACUUGGGCGCCCAAGAGCAAAGGCGGGGAGGAGAGGAGGGCUGAGAGUGGAGCAGAGGAGUCCCUGGGCUGCCUGAAUGGUGACGCCAAAGAUGCUUCUGCAAGCCAGGAGGCCCGAGGGCUCCGGCUGAGUGACCUGGAAGACCUGGAGGAAGAGGAGGAGGAGGAGGAGGAGGAAGAGGAGGAGGCCGAAGAAGAGGAGGCUGUGGCCACCGCUACGGACAGGCUGGCUGAGUUCCAUAAAGACUCGCAGGCGCAGCCAGCACCAUACGCCGCCGCGGCGGCUCGAGAGGCCCGGCUGGAGCGCCGGGAGUGCGGCCUGGCGGCGCGCCCCUUCUCGUUCAUUGAGCCCCCCGGGUCGGGAGAAGCGGAUUUCCUCCGGGCGGAGCCUGGGGGCCCCACGUUGACCCUGCACUACCCGUGCCGCGAGAAACCGCGCAUCUGGUCCCUGGCGCACACUGCGGCCGCCAGCGCUGUCGACGGGGCAGCGCCAGCCCCUCCCAGGCCACGAAGUCCCGAGUGCCGUCUGAUUCCGGGACCGCCUCCGGGCUCCGGCGGCCCACCCGCCGUCCCCAGAGACUCCGCGGGCGAAGAGUCUUCCCGCGCAGCCAAAGCCUUUGGAAACCACCCGUUCGCCCUGCAGGCGCCGCCGAUGAACUGUGCGCCCUGCCCGCGGCGGAGGGAGCCUGCAGUGCGGUGCCAGUACCCGUCUGGAGCAGAAGGUUAGCGCAAUGGCUGCGAUUUGCGGAAGAAUCUCGGAAAUACGCCCUACUUUUGGAACUCACCUCCACGCUCGGAAGCUGGGAGACCUUGCCAGGGACUGGGGGCUCUCACUUCGCCUAAGAGACAGACUCACAGAAACCCUUACCCCGGCCCUUCUUGCACGCAGAGCUGGGAGUGGCGGGCGGACGUGCAUCUCGCCAGACCCGCUGGAGGAGGUGGCGCGGGGCACCCGGAGGAGGGCCGGGUGGGACAGCCGGGCGAGUCGGUCCUGCGCACCCACUCGGGACACCGAGUCGGCCUCCCUCCUCUUGAUUCAGGGUCUGCAGCAACUCCUUCUCUCGCUCACCCCCACCCUACCCCCUUUCACUUUGUAACUUCAGCGCCGACCUGGUCCCUAAGGACCGCCUGCGUCUUCUCCUCGUCCUUAUUCCUUGUGUCCUCAAAAAAAAUCACAUCAAACCCGA